AUGAACAACCUUCCGUUCAAGUAUCCGGAGAUGGAGGACCUCCCUGAUCGACACGUACAAAGAGCACGGCCAUUCGAGCACGUUGGCAUCGACUAUUUUGGUCCCCUCACGGUAAAAGAGCGCGAUGAAACCGUCAAAGCCCAUGGUACUAUCAUGACGUGUACAGUGACAAGGCUUCUCCACUUGGAACUCGUGUCAGAUAUGACUACUGCUAAUUUGCUAAACGCUUUACGAAGGUUCUUUGCUAGGAGAGGUGUCCCAACCUCGAUCACUUCGGCCCUAAUUUCUUCUAGGAGAGCAGGAUGCUGUACUGCCGGUCAUCAACGACAAAUCCUUUGCCAACGUCAUGGCUACAAAGAGAAUCACGUGGAAGACAAUCACGCCUCACGCUCCGUGGCAGGGAGCUUUCUGUGA